UUUCUGAAAUAUGGUCUGCUUCGAACUUCAUACAUGAGGUUCUGUCAAUCAACUGUCUAGGAUGUUUCAUUCAUUUUAUGGUGCAAGUGUUUGCAUCCCUCGCUUAGAGGAGAACACUAUGGAGCCUAUGCGACAGGUUGUGAUUUAACGAUUAUGUUAAAACGCAUGUAAGUGGGUGGAUCAGAAGAUUAAAAACAACUGUCUUGAGCAAUCCACAAGCAGAACCGGUUGGUCUGUGCGUCUGUCAGACCUUCAAGAUGCUGCGGCGUUUAUUCCAGUGACUUGUCAACCCAAAAUGCGAUGCUAUCUUCAUGCACUUCUCAUAUGCAUACUUUUAGCAGUGUUUUCAUCGCUUUAUGUGUUGAAUCAACUAGCCUCUAGUUUAGACGCGCAGGACGAGAGGACCCUCGGCAAACCGCAAGGCGUACCACAAAGCGGCCGCCAUGCCACCGGGUGUAAUCCAUUGCCAGUUUCUCACUGGAACCCGUAUUGGAGACAGCCUGCUGAUGUUUGUGGAGUGAAUUGCUUGUUGGAAUCGCCACAUAGGGAGAGGCUAAACACCAAGACAAGCAAAGAUGAGAGGAUGCAUCUGGCCGUGGUGGCCUGCGGCCCCAGGCUAGAGGAGACACUGGUGAUGCUGAAGUCUGCUGUCCUUUUCAGCACAAAGCUGCUCCACUUCCAUAUCUUUGCAGAGGACCAUCUGCACGAGAGCUUUAAAGAGGCUCUGGACUCUUGGCCUGCUGAGAUCCAGCCACAGUUCAACACCACCACCUACCCCAUCACCUUUCCCAGGGACAACGCUGCAGAAUGGAAGAAGCUCUUCAAGCCCUGUGCCUCUCAGAGGCUUUUCCUACCUCUGAUCCUGAAGGAUGUGGACUCAGUGCUCUACGUGGACACGGACAUCCUCUUCCUGAACCCCGUGGACGAGCUGUGGGCACUGCUCUCCCGCUUCGACGCCAGCCAGCUGGCCGCCAUGGCGCCGGAGCACGAGGAGCCGCGGAUUGGCUGGUACAACCGCUUCGCCCGCCACCCUUACUACGGCGCCACAGGGGUCAACUCGGGGGUCAUGCUGAUGAACAUGACCAGAAUCAGGGAGAAACGUUUCAAGAACGACAUGACAUCUGUUCCACUACGGUGGGAUGAGAUGCUCAUGCCCCUCCUCCAGAAGUAUAAACUCAACAUCACCUGGGGUGACCAGGAUCUGCUUAAUAUCAUAUUCCACCAUAACCCAGAGAGCCUAUAUGUGUUUCCCUGCCUCUGGAACUACCGUCCAGAUCACUGUAUCUAUGGCAGCAACUGUCAGCCGGCUGAGCAGGAAGGCGUGUUCAUUCUCCAUGGCAACAGGGGUGUUUACCAUGACGACAAGCAGCCGGCGUUCCGAGCUGUCUACGAAGCCAUCCAAAAGUAUCCGUUCGGGGAGAGCAUGGCGCGCGCGCUGCUGCUGCCUCUCGAAGCAGCGCUGCGGACCACCAAGCACACCUACUGCGGCAGGGCCAGCCACCUGUUCACCCAGAGACUCCAGCGCAGCGCGCGGCACUCCCCGCCGUCCCACCGACAGCAGCGGUGAGGACGACUCGGAGGGGUGAUGAUGAUGAAGAUGAUGGUGGCGAUGGCAGUGUUUGAUGAUGAUGGCGUCGUCAUCCGCUUUGGCACACCAGUGCCGCUUCACCGUUAACGACCGAUGUCUUUCUUCCCGCCAGACUUCCACGCUAUGAAUGUUUUAAACGAGGCCCCGGUGGGGAUGUGGGGUUCUUUGGGGAGACUCGCAGCUUUCACCCUAAUGAGCCAGGCUCAGACACUCCCCAGCCUCCAACGCACAGGCGCGCGCACACACACACACUGGAACACACACACACACACACACACACGCACACACACAGGACACACACACACACACACACAGUAACCCAAAAACACAGGGACAUACACACGCACAGGCACACACUCACACACACACACACAGUAACGCGCAGGAGCACAAAGACACACACACACACACAGGUCGAUCUGUCGCCCACCGCCGCCUGGGCAGUGCGAUUAUCUCUUAGAAGCUGCCACAUGGGACCGUGUGUCUUUUCAUAGUUAGUUUUUUAUUUGAGAUGGUUAGUGGUACGUAUGCGUCUAAUGGAGGCAAAAUCAGGUAAAUAAUAUCCUCUUUUAGUACGGGAAAAGAAGCACUGAAACCACUUUGCCCAGCCAACCUUGUACACGACGUACCGUCUGCAUCGCUGGCAAUCAGCUGCCACGGCCUCAUGGGCAGGGAAACCGACAAUCACUUUCACUUUCAAUGUCAUUACUUCUUAAACAGAAGUACAGUUGGGUACUUUAAUGAAUUGAAUUUCAUAGUGAAUGAUAGGGUAAGACGAUCACAUUAGACUGAUUGAUUGCAUUAUUAUAUAUUAUUAUGGUUAGUAUAAUGGUUAUUAUAAUUAUAUGUGACUGUGGGCCUUACAGGCAGUGUGUUUAUGUGUACUCUAGAAAUGGGAUUUUUAAUCUAAUUGAGGCAAUGGCCCCAAUGUUGUAAAAAUAACCACACGUAAGUCUGAUUAGUUUUACCAUUCCAUAAUCAAAUGCGUGCUAUAUCUACAUUUCUCCAAAAUGGGUUCCUGUUCUCCCAGGAUAUUGAGUUAAUCUUAGUCUACUGGGUUUUAGACAGCUUCUUACAUCUGCAGGAAAAAGCUUUUCCUACAAACCAUACUCUGAUAAUAAUGAUGGAAAACACAAAUGAUUGUACUCCUCUCAUGUUUUUUUUCAUGUUGGUCAAUGUUUCGGGAUUAUUAAUUGUGUUUGCUCAAUCUACUCAGAUUUCAUGAUACAAAUGUGAUGAAGAUGUCAAAUAAUUUGCACUAUUCAUUUUUUUGUGUACCAGCCUUGCUGCAGCGGUUGUUAAUGAUCUUUAUUUAAGUUUAAAUAUUGAAAAUUUCCACUUAAAUAAACAGCUUUUAUGCCAAAAAAAAACA